AUGCGUUCCCUCCAACCUGUGUCGCUCUCACAUCCAUUCUCUGCAUGUGAGCGUGCAACAUCAACUCUCCUGGCUUCCGUUUCCGCUCCUUCAGCUGCUAUGGUGCUGGUGAGUGCUGCUGUGUUGGUGAGUGCUGCUGUGGUGGUGAGUGCUGCCGUGUUGGUGAGUGCUGCUGUGGUGGUGAGUGCUGCUGUAGUGGUGAGUGCUGCUGUGGUGCUCCUGCUGUGGGACAUGGACAUCAGGGUGGAGGAGAAGGAGUGGUGGGCUGAAGGAGGCGGAGAAAACAGCGAAGCGCAGGACCGACUUAAUACGGAGAAACGUAAGUUGGAAGCGCUGCUGAGCAGCAAAGAGGAGAUUAGGAAGAACGGAUGGCCCCUAGAGGAAGAGAGCAGAGUGGCCAUACACAGCCGUCUAGCGAAGCAGAGCUGCAUGCAGUCGUUCAUGGCGCUGGAAGACAGGAAGAUCGUGCAGAGCAAGCUGACGCGGGGGUAG